GAGAGGUAGUUAAUGGAGAUGGGGAGCGAAACACAGCAGUCAAAAUUUAGGAGGAUUUGUGUCUUUUGUGGAAGUAGCCAAGGCAAGAAGAGUAGCUAUCAGGAUGCUGCUAUUGAGCUCGGCAGAGAAUUGGUCUCAAAGAACAUUGAUCUGGUCUAUGGAGGAGGUAGCAUAGGUUUGAUGGGUUUGGUUUCACAAGCUGUUCAUGAUGGUGGUCGCCAUGUCAUUGGAGUUAUUCCCAAGACGCUCAUGCCUCGAGAGCUAACUGGCGAAACAGUAGGGGAAGUGAAGGCUGUUGCAGAUAUGCAUCAAAGGAAGGCAGAGAUGGCUAAGCAUUCGGACGCUUUUAUUGCCUUACCAGGUGGUUAUGGAACUCUUGAAGAACUGCUUGAAGUGAUUACCUGGGCUCAGCUUGGAAUACAUGAUAAACCAGUUGGCUUGCUGAAUGUUGAUGGAUACUAUAACUCAUUGCUUUCUUUUAUUGAUAAAGCUGUGGAAGAGGGAUUUAUUAGUCCAAGUGCACGCCAAAUCAUUGUAUCUGCACCCACAACAAAGGAGUUAGUAAAGAAAUUGGAGGAAUAUGUCCCCUGCCAUGAAAGAGUUGCUUCAAAGUUGAGUUGGGAGAUGGAGCAGCUUGGCUACUCUAAAACGUAUGACAUGUCUAGGUAAUGCUUGGAGUGCAAUGAAGAAGAAGAAGAAAGUAGGUGGAAUUUGGAAGGCUCUAAUUGAAAAGGACUCAAAAUUUCCUUCAAUGGAGGAAUUCUUUUUUGUAAAUUACUGCUAUUGACAUGAAUAUAUGAACUUCAACCUUCUCUCUUUUAGUGGAAAAUUGAUUCUCUUUUGCGUUGUAAGUACUAAAUGCUUAUGAACAGUGCCUAGCUUUCAAUUUACCUGAUCAAUCAUUUUCAUCAAUUUCUGCUUCCUUCUCUUUUGGAGAUUGAUAGAGAGGUUAAGAGAAGCAAGAAAAAAGAAGUCUUAUCUUUUUGGGGAUACAAUAUCAUGGUUUUCUGUAAUGAGUAUCAAGGAGUAAAGCAAAACCUUCAGAUGAAACUAUCAUGGCUUCUGUCAACUUUUUAGCAUCCUGCUGUCUGAAGCUUUUCUCUGGUCAACUUUGAUUUAUCAUUGACAGUCUUUAGCCAAGCUCUUGCGCAAGAUCAAUCCCAGCAAUUUCAUUUCUUUUAAACCAAAAUUAAUCCAAGUUUCCUUUUACACUGUUUCCUAUUUGAGUGACAUGAACCAAUCACUUUAACAGUCAAAGGCUAUGCAUGUGCAGUUAAAUGAACAAAAACCAAUGAUGAUCCAACACCAAAUUAAGGCUUUGUGUUAUCAAUUAAUUGAAAGGUGACAGGGCCAUAUCAUGUAAGAAACAUGUCUUCAGUAAGUGUUCGUGUUCUUGUUUUGCUGCUAAGGUUUUGAGCUAGCUAGGGACUCCCGACAGAAGCAACCAAACCGACGACCAUUAACGGAAGGAGGCAGGUGGUUUAAUGGAAGAGAAUAGAGAUGGGCCUCUUUGCUUUUGCUGGUGAGAAAAAUGGAGCCCGCUACCAUCCCACAAGUAAGUCCAUGACAUGUGUAAUGUGGGUCAGAUGUUACCUAAGGGGAGGACCAUGUUCCAUGGCCAUUUCAGGACAAAAUCAUUAACUUCAAGACAGUUUCAUCUCACAAAAGCUUGUGACUAGUGACUGAUGGCAUUGCUCUCUGCCAUUAGUUUGAAGAUUCACCCAAAGAGCAUAUGGUGGUUGGAGAGUCACUUCCCAAGGCUUCUGAUGUUUCAAAUUGGCUUCAAUAUGAAAUCGGUAGUGUUCAAUUAUCCAUUGAAAACGAUGUUUUCGGUAUCUUU